GUCAGCCAUUUUGCUAACUUCUUGUCUUGUCGCUUCCAAUCCUCGUGUUGUCUUCUUUUCGUCAGUAGUUUUGUCACUCGACCCUUCGUUAUGUCAAAAUUUGGCGACAGCCAAGCGGAGGAAGACUCCUUAGAUGAAAGUCUGUCGGAGAAAAGCGACGACGAUGAAGAUGAAGACGAAGAAGGAGAAGAGGAAGAAGAACAGGCAGAAGACGAGAACGACAUCAUAAAGGACGAAGUUGAAGAGAGCGCCGGAGAAGAAGAGGAAGGUCAUCACGGUCACCAUCAUAGGAAACGAAGAAAAGCAGAUGAGGCGGAGGAACUCGAUGAAGAAGAUUUGUCUUUGAUCGAGGAGAAUCUUGGCAUCAGUAUAAAGCGGAAAAAGCCUCGUUUGAAAAAAAUAAAAGUGCUUGAUUCUGAUGAGGAAGAAGAAGAUCAGUUGGCUGGAAGUGCUGCUGUCAAAGAGCGAGAAGCAAUCGCUAACCAGCUGUUUGAGGGUGGGGACGACAGUGGAGAGGUACUGGAGUUCAGCAGUUUUUCUGUAUUGCAAUUCAAUACAAUACACAUAUUUUAUUGGAAUACCAGACAGUUUACAUGUAAGAACCAAGAAAUUGGUCAUAAGGGUAAAAUGGAAGGAAAAUCCACAAACAGAAGGCAAAAAGUUGCACAGGAAGUUACAAAGCCACUCAAAGUAAACUAUGUGGAUGAUUUUAUUGUGGAUGAUGAAGGGAACCCUAUUAAUAGGCAUCCAAAAAGAGAAAGAAGAAGACUUCCAGGAACUCUUCAAGAUUCUGCUUUGAUGGAAGCCCAAGAUAUCUUUGGUCUUGACUUUGACUUUGAUGAAUUUGAGAAGUAUGGUAGAGACGAUUUUUCAUCAGAAGAGGAAGAGGAAGAUUAUGAAGAUGACACAGAGGAUGGUGCACCAAGGAGACCUAAAAAGAAAUCAACAAAGAAGUCUAUUUAUGAGGUGUUUGAACCAAGUGAGCUUGAAAAAGGAAUGUUGACCAACAAAGACAAUGAAAUCAGAACUGCAGAUGUGCCUGAAAGAUUCCAGGUUCGUGAUUUUGCUGUGAAGUCAACAGAAGAUGGAGAGCUUGAUGAUGAAGCAGACUGGAUUUAUAAACAUGCUUUCCUUGAUUUGCCAAUAUCUCAGCAACAGGAUCCUCUGGAUGGUGAUACUCAUCCUCAUUCUAAUACACCUAAACCAAACAGUGCUGUUGCUAAGAUCAGAGAGGCAUUGAACCUGAUGAGAAACCAACUAUUUGAGGUUCCAUUCAUAGCAAGCUAUAGAAAAGAAUACAUUGAACCAGAACUGAAUAUUGAAGACCUGUGGAAGAUCUGGGAAUGGGAUGAAAAGUGGAGCCAACUGCGUACUCGUAAGGAAAAUCUUCAUCGUCUGUUUGAAGAAAUGCAGAAUUACCAAUUCAAUAAGAUCCAGGAGAGUGGCAAUGAGCCACUUGACGAUGACACAAGAAUCUUACAAGCUGAGGAUAUUGACAGGCUUGAUGGAGUUGAGACUAUGGAGCAGCUGAAAGAUGUGUACAGCCAUUUUAUGUUGUACUACAAAAAUGACAUCCCAGCCAUGUGGGAAGCCAAGAGGAAAAAGAAAGAAUCUGGAGAGGGUGGAGAGGCUGAUGGGGAAUCAAAAACCACCCCACCAAAGAGGAAAAUGCCUGCUAAACGUGAUCUCUAUACCAUAUGUAAACAAGCAGGGGUUAGUGGCGUGGCAAGGAAAUUUGGUUUGACACCUGACCAGCUGGGAGAGAACUUACGCGACAACUACCAGCGUCAUGAGACAGAGCAACAUCCUGUUGAGCCAGAUGAUGCAGCUGAAAAUUAUCUGAGUAGUACAUUUUCAACUGUUGAUCAAGUCUUAGAGGCUGCUCAGCAUAUGGUGGCCAUGCAGAUUGCACGGGAUCCUCUUGUUAGGCAAUGUGUGAGGCAGACAUUUUAUGAAAGAGCCAAACUCAAGAUCAAGCCUACUAAGAAAGGAAAGAAGGAGAUUGACGAGUCUCAUCUCUGCAGUACGUUCAAAUACGUAAAACACAAGCCGGUUGCUUUUUGCUCUACAGAUGAAUUUAGCCAUCUAGUGCAAGAGUGGAACACACAGAGAACAAAUGCCCUCUCACGAGCCUUUAAUCAGAUGCUGUACCCACUCCUUGAAAAAGAACUCAAACUCAAGCUCCUUCAGGAAGCCAAAAAUUUUGUUGUUAAGUCAUGCUGCCGGCGGCUGAGAUCAUGGAUUGAAGUUGCUCCAUACCAACCCGAGCAGCAUAUAGACGAACGGGAUUACGAUGACAGCUCUAAUACUGAAGGUCUCCGGGUGCUGGCGUGUUCCUUCUCUAACAAUCCAGAUACACCAGCUUUCCUGGCCAUGCUGGACGGAGGAGGCCAGGUGAAUGACUACCUCAGACUGAAGUACCUGCUGAAUAGACGAAAUACAAACAGAGCUAAAGAACGAGAAGACAAGGAAAAGGACAUGCAAAGGUUAAAGCAGUUUAUCCUCAAGAAGCGGCCUCAGGUUGUAAUUGUUGCAGCUGAAUUUCGCGAGACUGUUUCUGUGAUGGACGAUAUCAAAAUGUGCAUUGCAGAGCUUGAGCAGGAGAACCAAAUACCAACCAUCUCAGUGGAAGCUCUGGAUGGUGAAGUAGCCCGCGUGUUUAUGUCUUCGCCUCGAGCGGAGAACGAGUUCCGUGAGUACCCACCCCUCCUACGUCACGCGGUGUCUCUUGGGCGCCGGAUUCAGGACCCGUUGACAGAGUUUGCUGCUCUGUGUGUGGAGGAAGAUGAACUGCUCUGUUUACGGCUGCAUCCGUUUCAGGACCAAGUACCUAAAGAGCAGCUUGUAAAAAGCCUCCAUCGGGAAUUCGUGACGGUUGUAAAUGAGGUAGGCGUUGACCCUAAUCGCCUGUUGGAACAUCCCCAUACAGUGUCGCUGCUGCAGUUUGUGUGUGGACUGGGACCUAGGAAAGCUUCCUCUUUAUUAAAGAGUCUACGUCAACAGUGCACCCGUCUCGAGAACCGCUCACAACUUGUGACCGUUUGUGGCCUGGGUCCUCAGGUGUUUCUCAACUGCGCAGGUUUCAUCAAGAUCGACACUGCGGCCAUUAGCGACACAACCACGAACUAUAUCGAAGUUCUCGACGGUUCACGAGUUCAUCCGGAAACUUACGAAUGGGCCAAGAAAAUGGCCGUCGACGCACUCGAAUACGACGAGGCGACGAUGGAGUCGAAUCCGUCGUCGGCCUUGGAAGAGAUUCUGGAGGCCCCCGACAGAUUAAAAGACUUGGAUUUGGAUGCAUUCGCAGAAGAACUUGAACGUCAAGGUUACGGGAACAAGCGUAUCACACUGUACGACAUCAGAGACGAGCUCUUCGGACAGUACCGGGAGCGUCGCUCUCCUUACCGAUCUCUGACGGUGGAGGAAAGCUUCCGACUGAUGACGGGUGAGACCAGCGAGUCUUUGUACGUCGGGAAGAUGGUGGUGUGCACCGUAACUGGAUUUGCGAAUAGAAAACCUCCUCGUGAUAUGAUAGAUCAGGCCCAGCCUGUGAGAAAUGACGAGACUGGUCAGUGGCAGUGCCCGUUCUGUCUGCAGGAUACGUUCCCUGAUCUGAGCGAGGUGUGGACCCACCUUGAUAAUGGCAGUUGUGCUGGUCAGGCCAUUGGUGUUCGCACCAGACUGGAAAGUGGCUUAUCUGGGUUCCUUCCGACCAAAAUGAUAAGCGACAAGUCCAUUAGCAGUCCUCACGACAGAGUGAAGGUUGGAAUGACCCUCCACUGUCGCGUGACUCGUGUCAACAUGGAGCGAUUUCAAUUGGACCUCACGUGUCGCUCGUCAGAUCUCGCAGAUAAAGAAGGAAAGUUCAGUCUUCCUAAAGAUUUGUAUUACGAUCAAGAAGCGGCUGACAAAGAUAAGAAGGACGAGGAAGUGGCCAAAAAGAAAGCAAACAGGCCCAAAUACGUCAAACGGGUGAUUGUACACCCAGCGUUUAAAAACAUCUCAUUUAAGGAAGCUGAGAGGCUGUUAGCCGAUAUGGACCAAGGGGAAUGUAUUGUGAGACCCAGCAGUAAGGGCGCUGAUCACCUGACUGUCACGUGGAAGGUCGACGAAGGAGUUUACCAGCACGUGGAUGUGCGCGAGGAAGGAAAAGAAAACGCGUUCAGUCUUGGCCGGUCACUGUGGAUUGACAGCGAGGAAUUUGAAGAUCUGGACGAGAUCAUUGCGCGGCAUGUUCAGCCGAUGGCUUCAUUCGCGCGAGAGAUUCUCAAUCACAAGAACUACAGAGCUGUAGACGGAGUGAAGGCAAAACUGGAAGAAAUUCUGCAAGCGGAGAAACGGAAGGCUCCACAAAGGAUCCCUUACCUUAUGAGCACAACUAAAGAAUUCCCUGGGAAGUUCUUCUUGGGGUAUCUUCCCCGUGUCAAACCACGGAUAGAGUAUGUCAGUGUCACCCCCGAUGGGUUCAGGUACCGAGGAAGAGUUCACGCCACGUUGAAUGGCUUGUUCAGAUGGUUCAAAGAGCACUUCAGGGACCCCAUACCUGGUACUCCUCGGCACAGGAUGCCAGUUGCCAUGUCCGAGGGCAACACCCCUUACACCCCAGGAGGUACUCCCUCCAUCAAUUCUGAUGUGGACCCCGCUCGACUGUUACCUCAGCUCCAGCAGCACUUCCCCAGGGGAAUCAACGACCCCAAGGUCUACUCUGCGCUGGCCGCUGUCGCCAGGCAACAACAAGACUCUCAAAAGAAGACCCCUACACAGCUUACGCCUGCGCAGUGGGGUGCAGCCGCAGCCCAACAUGUACAGCGUCAAAAGAAGCAGCGCUCAUCACAACACCAGUCAACGCCGACACAGCAAACCCCAACACAACACACGCCCACUCAACAGGGUUACCAACAAUAUCCACAGUAUGGUUACUAUCAACAGCAUCAAGAUCAAAGUCAAGCCCAGACUCCCACCACUUACGGAUAUCAGCAGACAUAUUCAGGUAGCAAGUCAACUGGGAAGGAAAGCAGCAAGAGUCGGUAACCUGACGUAGGCAGCUACCCAUACCCCUGUACCCUCGGUUUCAAGUCUUUAUUAAAUCAGCUUUCCUCUCUUAUUUAAUACAUCGUUAUCUAAGAGGAAAGGAACAUUAAACCUAAACAAUUUUUGUAUGCAAGUAAUGGCGUAAAAGUUGUAUUCGGUGUUGAAAAUUGUCCCUGAGUUUUUGUCUUUUGUGAUGCUCGUUUCUUGUUAUGCUCAAAUUAACAGAAAAGAACAAUUUAAUGGCAAUGAAAACAUCAUUAAUCGACUCUGACAAAAGUCCAAAUUCUUUCAAGACUAGUGGGAGAAGUAUCUGCAUUACUUAUUUCUUGUAUGACAGGGAAGAAACCAGACUAGUGACUCGCGUCUCGUUCUACUGGUAACUUGUAAUGGCGAAGUUUACUGUAAAAAAAGAAAAAAAAAAAGAAAGGAGCAGUACUGACCGCUGGGACUGUAGUGCAUAUUUAUGCAACAUAGGACGUUUGACUGAAAGAAAAUAAAUUACGAUAUGUCACUAAGGGUUACAUAACUGAUGAACAAUGUAAGGCACUGCUUAUUCUAUAGUGUUUUUGUCCCGUGUUUUCGCUCGUUCGUUUGUUCGCUUACUUUUUCGUUUCGUAAAAGCCACACAAACGGCUUUGGUCGAGUAAAGCUUGUUGUUUGUCGGCGUUCAUCGGAUAUGGUUCGCCAAGAAUCGUAGACGCUGGUGCUGUCAUAUGUAGGUAUUUUUGUAAACUAUUAUACAAAGUGUAUUGCUACUAACAACAUAGCGUGAAUUUGUGAAGAUUGACGCAUCCUGUGUAAGAAAACAGUAAAACAAAUUCAAAACUAG